UAAUACCUUUCUUAAAGCAGGUAGACAGAUCGUUGGCUGUUUCAACGAUAAUCGCGCAAUGCGUUUUUAUUUAUCUUUAUUUAUGAGGCACUCCUUAAGUAAUUACAGUCGAAGAACCGAAACUCUCCGAUAAAAAUCGAAUCUUUGCUCUUCGCUUUAUCACGCGUAUCUCUCUUAUCUAUCACUUAAUCCUGAAUACUUCAACCGUUUCUCCCAACAAUUUAGUCGUCGACGGACUUCGACGAUCUUAUUAACAGCCAAGUCUACACUGACAGGCAAUUGUCCGCGGACACGUGAAGCAGCCGAUCAGUGGCAGACAAAAUUCAAGUGCAGAAACAGUUCGCGUAUAAAAGCUACGUCCACACUGGCGGAUAAUUGUCGACGAGUAUACGUCAUCCGGGGAAAAGUCUCGAAUGACACGACGCGGUAUUUGCGUGUCGAAAGUGAAAAUAUUUUUUAUCAGAGAAAGUGAAAAAAUUUUUUUAUCGGAGAAGUUUUCUUAUUUACUUGUGUGAUAUUGCGGAUAUUGUGACAUACAUGUACAUAUACAGUUACCGACAUAUGUAUAUGCUAAUUCGAACUUCGAUGGUACACAGCGAAACCAGUGACGAGAUUCGCGAAUCGUGGUAACCGAGGGUGGCGAAGCCAUCUCCAGAAAGGGUGAGAGAUACGUUUGGGGCUACAUCGAUGAUUGGUUGUGAUCGCGCAAAAGGUUAGGAAUGAGUUCGUGCAAAGAGUACGAACAGUCGAUUCUCGCAGACGAAGAAGAAUACGAACAAAUGAUCCCACGGUAAUUUCAAUGAGCAUCAAAAUUAAAGUCCAAAGAGGGAGACAGGGAUUCAACGAGAUUCGUCGGUGUCCAUGGAGAUUCGCAGCUAAUCUUAGAAACUAAGAGGACGAAAUGGCGAGAGGCUGUUGUUGCGAUCGUUACGCAAAUGAUAUCGACGCUAAAUGUGUCGAAGCCAACGAUGAUUGAGAAGACAACGUGUGCCGGCUGAACGAUAUAUCAGAUGAACAAACUGCCGACAAUUGGAUCGCCGUCAAGCAUCACAUAGUCAUUCCAUCGAAUUCAAUUUGACGAUAUCGCAGAACCGAAACAUGGCUACCCUGGUAAUUGCGGAUUACGCGGUGAUCGCAAUUACGAUGCUCAUUAGUUCAGGAAUUGGUGUGUACUACUGGCUCACCGGAGGGAAACAGAAAUCAACGGAGGAGUAUUUCAUGGCGGACAGAUCGAUGGGAGUGGCACCAGUCGCAAUAGGUUUAAUGGUUUCGUACCUAUCUGCGGUUAGUUUGUUGGGAGUAAGCUCAGAAAAUUACGUGUAUGGUACUCAGUACGCUGUGAUCAACAUUUCUUACGGGCUUGCUACUCCCUUCGUCGCUUACUUAUACAUGCCGGUAUUUUUCAAACUUGGCAAUGCCAGCGCCUUUGAGUAUUUGUACAAACGUUUUGGUAAAGCGGCGAGGCUGGCAGGAAGCUUCGCUUUUAUACUUCAGCUGCUUCUGUACAGCGGUGUAGUGCUGUACGCACCCGCGCUUGCUCUAGAAGCUACCACAGGUAUCUCGACAACUGCAAGCGUAAUCGGCAUGGGAUUAGUCUGCACGUUUUAUUCGACGAUAGGCGGUAUCAAGGCAGUCCUCGUUACUGACAUAUUUCAGAGUCUCUUGAUGCUGAUAGCCGUUAUCUUGGUGAUCGUUACAGCAGCCGUGAAUGUCGGAGGUCUCGAUCAGAUAUGGGAGAUUGCUCGUCAAGGGUCGCGAAUAGAAUUCGAUAGCAUUUCAAUGGACCCAACGGUGCGACACACCUGGUGGAGCUUGACAUUUGGAGGUUUCUUCACCUACCUUUCCUUGUACGGCACCAACCAAGUUCAAGUUCAGAGAAUGCUAACCAUCAAAAACGUGAAGGACGCGCAAACUGCCAUUUGGUGGAGUUGGCCAUUGUCUUCGCUGAUGUCUUUGGGCCUAUGCUUUGCCGGUUUGGCGAUAUAUACCAAGUAUCGUGAUUGCGACCCCCUUCAGGCCGGAAGAAUCAACUCGUACGAUCAAUUAAUGCCGCUUUACGUGAUGGACAUGCUCUCCGAGUAUCCAGGUGUGCCAGGACUUUUUAUAGCCGGCAUCUUCAGCGCUGGACUCAGCACCAUCUCCGCCACGGUGAAUUCCCUAGCCGCCGUUAUGCUCGAAGAUUUUAUCAAACCCGUAUAUCGUUUUCGGGGCAAGGAGAUUACCGCAACCGGAUCGAUCAUAGUCAGCAAGAUUCUGGCUUUUAUAGUCGGUAUCGCUUGCAUAGGAUUGGCAUUUAUGGGUCGAUUUCUUGGCGGGCUUCUUCAGGCUGCUUUGACGAUUUUCGGCGUGGUCGGUGGUCCUGUGUUCGGCAUGUUCACUUUGGGCAUGUUCACGCGGUUGGGAAAUCAGAAAGGAGCCAUCAUCGGCCUCUUGACUAGCCUCGUUUUCUCUUUAUGGAUCGGUUUCGGUCAGCCAAAGCCACCGAUUCCAAACAAAGUGAACGUCACCGCCUUAAACUGUAGCUACGCCGAUGCAUAUUACGAUCACGAGAAAUCGUCGAAUUUGCAUUUCGAAUACCAGCAAAAUAACAAUGACUCGUACUUCUACCUCUACCGUAUUUCCUACAUGUGGUACUGUCCACUAGGAAGUUUGAUCAGUUUCGUAGUAGGAUGGAUUUCCAGUUGGAUUUUGAAUUCAAUUCCACGCAAAGAAUCCAAGAAUACGCAGCCAGAACUUUUCACACCGACCUAGUCAUCACGACCAUACAGAGAAGAAUCGAGAAAUUCGAAUGAAUUUCAAAGCACAGUAGCACCGCGUACGUACGCUGAUUCGCGUAACGAGUGACGCAACAGACAUCUAAGAACGAACUUGUUCACAUACAUUCAUACAUACAUACAUUCAUACAUACACACAUAAUUUUACGAUAACGAAUAACCACUAUCGUCUUCUAAAUAUCCUACGAUUUCCACCGGCGCUCGAGUUACCAUUAAUCGGUUGCAUUAUACAAUUUUUAAACGGACGAUCGCUCCUUAGAAGAUACUGCCUCGUCAUCCUAUAAUUUCCAACAUCGUCAUGAACAACGUGUGUCUCUGGUAUUUCUGCGAUUAAAAAUUACACGUCUCCUCGUGCAAGAAAACAGAGCUAACUUAUCGAUCGUUUAUUUGCAACGCGCUAUGGCUCGCACGAGUCUCGCGAAUGGCCUUCACCUAAAAACAAACCGAAACAAAGCCCAAAUCCGUGCAACAAGGUAGCUGUCUUAUCUCGACAAAAAUCUGAUCGAUUAAAGGAAAGAUCGGUUAAAUCGCGGUAGCGGAUAACUGAAAACCUAUCGUAUUUUGAAAAAAAGAAAAAAAAAUAGAACAUGUUAGGUAGAAUAUCUUAACUACGGAAAGCUAGGUGCCAUUCGAAAAAGUAUGUAGAAGAUCCGUCGGAGAGAUAGUUCGGACGAAAUCGCGGUCGAUACAACACGUACUCGGUUUCCUUUCGGAAUUCCGAUUAUCGUCACGAGGCGUCAACCUCUUCUCCUUCUCUGCAAUGAGGAGUAGACGUAAACACUACUCGAACCACGGGUGUGCUGAACGUUUACCGAAACGUUCGCAAAUCACGAUGGAAUGCCGUCAGACUAGUGUUCCCGUGCGCGGCACACGGUGACAUACAGAACGAAGCAACGACCCGUGCACUGUGCAGCGCUUACGUAAGGAAAUAACGCCGUAUCGAGAGAGACAGAGGGGAAUGAAGGGAAGGGGAGCAAGAGAGAGAGAGAGAGAGAAGAGAGACCGAAUGGACCACCUCGUGCUUCGUUUCGUCUAUAUACUAAAGCCGCGUAUUCAACGUGGUCACGUAGUACGCUUGCAAAUGUUUGUGAGCUUUUUGAAAUGUUAAUGGGCGAGCGUGCGUGACAAACGUUUGUCAACCACUUCUACUAAACAAACGUUAGCAAACAAGGGCUUGUUUAUGAGCACCUGUCGCUUACGCAUCGGUACCGCCAGUUUUUAACUUCAACCGUACGGAGGUCGCGGUUAUCGAUGUGCUCUGAAACACAGAACGCACAGAAUCGAGAAAUCAGAGCGGUGUAAAUCAGUUCAUUCCCAAUUUUCGUAAAAUAGCGUUUGGUGUUUAUUGUUAUAAAAAAUUGAUUAUACUUUAUGGAGUCGUGAAAACGUAUCGUGGCAGAUAAUAAAGCUAUAACUUAAAAUACAUUUACCGUGUAAACGCGGUCCCUUCAUGUCCGGUCCACUUCAAACGUAACGCUACAGUUCAUGUAUUUUAUUUUAUAUUAUUUGUUAUACAUGUAACACAUAUAUAUGUGGGAUAGUGUGACGUCAGGGGAGGACGUAGCGUGGGGGGUAAUUGUUUAUAAACGUUGUCAAGAUAUGUUAAUGUUGUCAAGGAGUGUUGUGAGCGUUACCAAGGUUAAGGGAAUAAAUGUUAAGGGGGAAAAAAAAAUAAUGGAAAAUGCUAUCAGAGUUGAAUUUAUCGUGGUCGUGUGAAGUUCGUCGUGUUGUUGUGACGUAGAAUUAGUGAGAAACGAAUACGCGAAACGCGGUAUUAUAUUCGAUUUCGCGUGAGUGCAACGAUAUUGUACUUAUCAUACUGUUUUCUAUAAACUUAUAAUAUAACAUUCCUACAUAUAUAUAUAUAUAUAUAUAUAUAUAUAUAUAUAUAUAUAUGUUCUACUAUAAUAAAGUAAUGAUAUAUUAAUCAUAAUGUAUUAGUAGAUAAUGUAUUGUACAAUAUGCAGUGUACAAUGUACUUGAACACAUUUGAAAAUUAUUUAUGAAAAAUUGUCGUUGACGAUCUUAAUCCCAAAUUUGAAGGUGUUAAUAUGAAUUUUUGUCAGAUUACUUUAGAGACUGUUACUCGUUGACAAACGUAUAAAAUAUUUACGCUUUCGGAUGAUCAUAGACACAGUACGAGUUAAUUAUGAAACUAACAGUACGAUAUCCUGCCAAGUUGAAACACGUGACUAAAUUCAAAUUGUCAAAAUCUUGGCUCACCGCUGUAAUUUUCAAUUCGCCAUACGCAUGUGCAACGAAAAGAUUCGAAUUACACGGAGAACGUGAUUCAAUACUUCAAACUGUCGAAAGUCUUGUAAAGUAAACACUUUUUCAUUUUUAGUCUUUAUCUCGGUAAAGUGUAUGUAAUUUACGAAGUAAAACAACGUUAUAUCCACACAUUGUAUAAAAAAUCAUUGGAAUCCUAAAAAUAUAUCGUUGUCAGUCUAUAAAAAUCUACGUAAUUUAUAUCUCAACCACUUUUGGUAGUUCUAGUGUUAUUAAACGUGUGCAAACAAAGAAUUGGAGUGGCAACACCCAUAAAUAUUAAAACAGACAUAUGCAAACGAUUAAGUCUGUGCGCGGCAUACGUCAUCGAUAAACAACAAUCAAAAGAUUCGUAAAUGUUUGUGAACUACUUGCGCGAUCGGUGGAUACGUGGAUUAACAAUCUUUUUUCGUUUUGAAUAUACGCGACACUCGACUCGGCUUUCGUUGAAUUUUUGAAAUGGAGCCUUUAUGGCUGCCGCCAUCCGCGUUGUGCAACCAUCACUGUCUCCUUUCGCCCGAGUAAUUGCGUUACGCAAUUCGCGCAUCUCACAAGCUUCGCUUGUUCGCUAAUUUAACGUGGGACAAUUCGUGGAUUAUGUAAGGACAGCAGGAACUGUAAAAACAAUUUUUAUGUGGAAAAACUUGAUAGAGAACUAUGGGAAGAUCGUUGAUUGUAAAUUAGAUCAAACGACGUUAAAAUAAAAUGUAUAAUAUGUUAUCGACAAUGAGAAUGAGGAUGUUUGAAUGAUGUUGAUGGAAUGGAAAAAGGAAAUGUUGAAAAUUCCUUAAGGAAAAAUCCUUAGGUUUCUCAGGUCGAAUAAACUAAAAAAUAAAGAUUUAAAGCAAUCAUUCUCAAUUUUAAUUACGAUACAUAUUUAACGUUUAAAUACGCGUUUAGCAUAUUGAUGCCACGAAUACGCAACGAAUGUUAAUCGAACCCAUGGACGAGGUAACCUCUGUUAUUUUAUAAGUCUUCGUCUGUGCACUACGACCAUCGUCAUCCGGUACGCAACAAUAUUCUCCAUGUUCCGCCUAUGAAUGAACGAACGACUGGUAUUUUCUGGUAUAAACUUGGAAAUUUUCACUAAUUGGGCUCGUAGAGAAUCCAGUUAGUUUUUCCUCCUUUUGUUCUCUCUGAUUCGAACGAACCUCGUGUAAUAGACUAGUCUGACAGAGAUUAAGGUAGAAACAACGGGAGUUUGAAGACACUACCAAGAAACGAAAUUACAGAGGUACACGUAAUAUACCAACACUAUCGGUAUUUAUGUCUGAAAUUUACACUCGGAACGGCUAGACGAAGACAAUAGCUGAGGAACAUGGAGAGUUUCACUAAUUUUUAUGGAUAAGCAAUUUUUAGAUUCGAUACAUUGUCGACUAAUUUUGAAAUUGAGUGUGUGUUUUUGAUAUUUUUGAAUAUUUGAAAGGUAUUAAUAACGCUAACGUUAGUUAACGUUACAGUAACACAGUAACUAAGCUAUUAGGUCGUCCGAAAAGUUUCUUCCGUUUUACAAGGAAAUAAUGGAUGCACAAUAUUUUUCGUUUUAUAUUAUUUUUUCGAAUUACGUAUGAUCCAUUUUGUUCUAUCAAAAUAAAAAUCACAACGUUCGGCAGAUUAGGUUUCAUGUUUGUGUAAAGAUGCGUCGUUGUAAAAGACGUGUCUGUAAAAGGAAGACACUUUUCGAACAACCUAAUGAUACUACUUGUUUCUCGCAAAAAAAGAAUUGUGUAGAUUUAUCAUUUACGUAUAUAAAAAAAGGCUUAUUUCCUUCUUCGAUUACUUCACAUUAAAAUAUAUGUUUCCGGCUGCCAAGUAUUUUUAAAAGAAUCAUUAUACAGGAUGCGAUGACAAAGCAGAUAUGUACAGCAGCGCGAGUGCCAAAGUAAUCUGAACCUUUUUUUCGCAAUUAAAUUUAUAUUACUAGCGAAAUUCUACAAAUUAUGUAAAAUCGCAAAUUUCUACUAUUAAUAAAUACAUUUAUUAAUCUACGUAAUCUACAACCUGUAACUUUCAAUUCGUUGAUAUCAGUAAUAUUCAGAUGUCUACGAACAAUGCUUUCACAAUUUACAUGUAAGAUACGAAAAAUUAUAAUCGACAUAUGAUAAAAAUAGUAUCGAUUAGAACGUAACAGUCACGCGUGCUAACGAUAGCACGAGACCAUUUAUUUACUUUUAUAACACAAUCAGAGUAUAAUACAAAGUCUCCAUUGAAUGCAAGUUCGAAUAAUUAUGGGAGAUAUAAAUAAUUAUGUGGUUAUUGCAACGGGCGUACAAUAGAGUCGGGAUACUUUUUUCAGAACUCAGAGGAGCAUGUAACGCCACGGAUGUGACUUGUCUAAUGUUCCCUGUAAUUAAACGAAAUAAUCGAGUCGCGGAGUUGCAUCGCCGUCUUGCCGCGUUCUCAUUAUAAUGCCGCGCAUUCCUCCGACGAAACGAGUCUUUCCCUCAGCACGUACGCCGUCUACGUGGAAUACGGAAUGCAAGAAUGAUGGAUUACACGCGAAUUCGCGCUCCGUACAUAUUACGUUCCUCUUCGCGCACUACCGUUUCAUUUUAAUUAUUAUUACUUUUAACCAUCGGCCAACUAGCGCGUUUUAAUUAUUUCAAUUUGGUCUUUAAUGUGCCGGAUACAUCGAACAGAAACAAAAGACUGCCGUUAUUAAGAAAAAGCAACGACGUGUUACGGCAACGAGAAGAGAAUAGAUCAACCCUUUGACCAAUUUGGAAUUAACGAUUUCCAGAAUAAUUAAUUUUUAUCGUCGAGAUAUUUCUUUUUGCUUUUCUCAUGUCGUCAGAUACAGCGUGUCUCGGUAUCGAUAACGCGGCGAGGGUGAUUCUACUUGAAAAAACAAAUCGAAAAUAUAAAAUACAUUUUGUUCAAUCGAAAGGCGUUUAUUUCAAGAAAAUCGAGUUUGAAAAUUUGUCAGAUAUAUUCGAACUUGACUAAUUCGUUCGUACGCCGUCCUUUUCGCUGUAAAAACAACUAAAACCGUCAGAUGUUAAUUGCAAUGAAGGCGCGAGUUACACAGUCGCCUUCUUAUUUCCAACCGGCGAGAUAAAUUUCUUAAUUAUACCGGUAUCCUGGUCGUAUCGGUGAACACUGGCCGCCGCGACGCCAGCAACCACAUUGUACAGAAAUCCCCCAUAGGUAUGGGGUAAACGCUGCAGAUAGCCACCGGGCAUUUUUUCGACCUCGCCGGAGCUGUACAUAGUUUCUACGGCGCGGCGUACAACCGUUCCGUUUCCUCAUACCGUGCAUACGUGCCUAACGAGCAACGUGGUAUAAUGUACAUAACACCAUUAUAAUAAACAUUAUACUCGCUCAUUCACACACGCGCGUGCUAAGAAACACACGAGAUUUGUGUAAAUAAGCGCGCGCACGCGCCUUACCAAUGUAUUCUCUUUUGUAAAAACGUACCGAGUCCAAAGAUGCACACCAUUCCUUGCGAAAUUUAUGCUAAACAAUAUUUUUCGCCGAGGACGAGAUAACCUCUAGCGUGCAUAUAUGCGUACACGCAUACAUACAUACAUUCGUACAUAUACAGGGUGGUUGGUAACUGGUGGUACAAGCGGAAACGGGGGUGAUUCUAUGCGAAAAAAGAAAUCGAAAAUAUAGAAUAAAAAUUUUUCGUUCGAGGCUUUGUUUUCGAGAAAAUCGACUUUGAAUUUUCGCUCGGUACGCGCGCACUUUAUCACGUCUCGUUAUAACGGAUCUCACUGUAGGUUUUUAAAAAAAUUAAAAAAAAAAUUUUAUUCUAUAUUUUCGACUUCUUUUUUCGCGUAGAAUCACCCCCUUUUCGCUUGUACCACCAGUUACCAACCACCCUGUAUAUGUAUACAGUGUAUUCCGUAUAGGAGGUGGUCUACGCGUUAAAAUAAAAUUUUGCCAUUUACAUUCAAAUAGAGCACCUCGUCAACGGCUUUUAUUGUACAUUUUCGUAUGUAGAAUAAUUUCCCCUAACUUUGCCGAUUAUUUACUCCUGUCCAAUCCGGAAUUGGCCAAAUAUACUUGUCAAAAUUUCAAACUCCACUUUGUCGAAAAUAAAGCAUCAUAUGGAAAAGUUUUAUUCUAUAUUUUCGACUUGUUCUUUGGUAUACAGGGUGAGUUAAUAAAAAUUAUCAGUUUUUUAUGAAUUACAUUUUCAGAGAUAUCAAUGUGAUUUCUUUAGUUUUAUGUUGUAAUGUGACUUGUGGAAAGUAACUGCAUCCCCCGUUCGGGAUCGGCUCAAGUUAUCCGCUUUUCGUUUCGUUUAGCAUCCCAGAUCCUGAGUCGAUCUUUAUGCCAAUACAGAGGUUGGUGGGUGUGGUUGAAUGCAGUUGGUUUCCACAAACCUUCGUUUCGUUGUAAAAUUCAAAGUUAGAAAAUCAAAGCAUGUUCGUCCGAUCAGUCUGCUCGAAUACGACGAAUUUAAUAAUUAACUCGAUUUAUUACCGAUACUUAAGUUAAAAAUCAGCGAGCCAAAUAUCAUCAGGGAGAUCAAUACAUACCACUAACGACGAUUAUUAAACACUUAACGAUCGUGCUUAUUACGCGAUACGUAUUACCUUAACAAUGAAGUAAGAAAAUAAAUCAACCCGCUGUAAUUGCUACACAGAGCGAGCAGUAUUAUGGAAAAUUCAUGAAUAUGCAGACCAGUGAAUAGAAUAUGGUUCCCAUAGUUAUCCCUAAUGCGAGAUUCAAUCAAUGAUAAUGAUUAUAGCAGCGAAACGCUAAAGUUCAACGUGCAACGUUAUAGAAAAGAAGAAGAUAAACAAGGGGAAAAAAAAAGAAGAAAUUACUUUCGAACCCGCCUGAGAAACUACACGUCGCGUACGCAAUUAACAAACAGGUAAAAAGAACGCAUAACUCAUAUUUCUGGGUCUUCCUGUGAAAACGAUUCUUCAUCCUCGAAUACUCGAAGAAAACGAAACGAAACGAAACGAAACGAAACGACUCGAGGGAUUCGUGAUUGACUUUCUCAGUUCUUCGUUUUCAGGAGGUAUCUGUUAAUUGCAUAAGUAUCAGUUUCUCGACUUUGUACGCACCUGCACUUUGUAUACGUGGAAUUAACGAGGCAUCCAGGAUGCAUGCACGUCUCGUGCAUACAACUAUGCGUGCACAGUGCACACAGAUUGCGGCUCCGGCAAUUGAAACCUAAACUUUACAUCGUACGUACUGGAUGGAAACAAAGAAACAAAACGAUCGGCCACGCGAAACCAGCCGUUUAACAUCGGUAGAACUUGACUGCCAUAUUCUUGUACCCUUAUCUUCUUACAGAUACCAUCGAUCAAGCCGUACGGAACGAUCACGCGAAAGCAAGAAAUGUCUUCGUCCGUACAAUUUUCCCCAUCGACGAUCCACACCGGUUCGUUGAUCUGAAUUCGAACGAACGGAUAUGAUUCAUACAUUUCAAUUAUUCACCUGGUCGAUGCAACAUUCACGAUAAAGAUAAAACCUGUUCGUCUGAAAAUAAAUGCGCUAUCCGUAUGUACGGCCAUACGUGAUGUAACUCUGGUUAAACGCGCGAAGAAUCGGAUACGUUUUCUCGUCUCUUCAUUCGAACGGUAUUAACUCGUUCGGUGCUUUGAUAAAGAUAGACAAGUAAGUAUGUAUCAUUAAAGAAUGAUUGACGCGUGGUGCCCAACGUCGUCUCGCUUGUCGGAUCAUUACAUAGGCAGCGGGUAUUUGAAAGAGAUGAAGCGAUCGUGGAUGCGACCCGAGAAAAACUAAAUACGCGUAACACGCUGAUAGCUUUUGAAAGUUUACGCCAAUCGUUUUACACGACCGAACACGACCCUUUCAUUAACAAUGAGAUUAAGACGAUAUCUCUCAUUGUACGCCGAUGCAUUAUUUCAUUUCCGUAUCGAAACGAUAUAUUGGUAUCGUUGAAGUUCAAUUAAAUAAAUUCCAAUUCGCGUGGAACUCUUUUCCAAAGUGCCACAUAAAUCAACUUUUUAUAACAGAACACGAUGAUGACAUACACCACUAUGAUUCUCAGCUCUCCAUAUGUUAAUUAAAAUUAUUUGAUUUUUUCAGAUCAUCGUGUAUAACAUUUUAUCCAGAUAAUAAUUAAUAUGUUAAUGUCAAUGGUAAAUAAUCUAACAAAGUGAAUGGCAUUUAGUUUUAAGCGAGAAGAGAAGAAGCGAAUACUUUUUCUGAAAUUUCUAUUUAGAAAUAGUCAAAAAUAGAAUAUAGACUCUGCUAAAUACCAUAAUAAUUUAAAUCAAUAAAUUAUAAUAUAUGAUAAUUCCCAAUUUCUAUGCACAGUGCGCUCGAGUGUAUUAACACUUUGAACAUCAGUUUCCGCUCAAUCUUCGUAAAUACAUAUAUACCAACCUUUUAUAUAUGCAGCUAAAAAAACGGUGAGCAAAGAUUACUU